AAAACUUUUUUUUAUUAUUAUUAUUUCCUUCACUCCCACAAAAAUAAAUUUGAAUGAAUAAAGAAAACCAAUCUUUAAGAGCUCGCAACAUGAAUGAAAACAGUGCAUUAAACGCCAAAGAUUCAGAUUCUUUAAAGUCGUUGAUCAAGGAAAAUAUCAGUACUCAACAACGUUCUCACAUGAAGCGUACCUCCAGUUUCAAAAAGAAUGACAACAACGAGAAUAGCAUCAAGUAUGACGAGAACACCAAAGACAGCAAUAAAAAUAAGGGCAAGGUAGAGAACGAAUCCAAAGCACCUUUAACCUCGAGAAGAACAUUUGAAGGCCUAAACCGAACCUCACCCAGUGUCCCACUUUUAUUGCAGAGACCCAACAAGGCGAUGUUAGAGGAAAGAGGGUUACCUGCUGUUGAGUUGCUAAGAUCCGAUACGAGUCAGGCAGAAGAAUCCGCUGUAUUGGACGAAACACAUUUGGUCAAUUUGCAUCAUCGAAUGACCAAGGGUUUAUAUCGUGGCCCUACACAAACCAGUGUGCUCGAGUUGAAAGAAAAAUUAAGCAACAUCAAACACCAAGUGCAACAAAAGGACGAUCACAUCACAACGUUAGGCGACAUGAAAAUGAAGGUCGUGCGUGAGAGAAAGUUACGUAAAUCACAUAUACAAGAGUUAAAAGCAGAGAUUGCAGAGAAGGAAGGGGAGCAAGAGGAAUUACUUGCCAUUCUCAACCCAAUCGAUGAAAAUGAAAAAGUGCAACAAACCAAGCAAAAGCAAGAUUUAAUCGAGGAGUUAUUAAACCAAUUAUCAUUUCUCAAUUAUGAAAUUUCCGAAGCACAAACAACAGCUUAAAAAGAAAGCCUCACUCCAUCUCACUUCAUUAUUACCAUUGCAUUUUCAAUAAAAAAAAAUAAAAAAAAUAAAGCCACAGUGAAUUCUCCUGUUUUAGAAAUGUUU